AUGCUCUGCUUCUUUUUGGGUACCAUAAAGAGAGAAGAUAAUGAUGUUAUCAAGGAAUCACUCCUAGGUGGCUUGGAUGUGGACCGUUAUCAGACUACUAGUACGAAGGAAUCGCCUUGCAAUCUUUGGACAAGCAACAGCAGUGCAGUCCUCAACCCUUCCUGCAUUACUCAGAUUUCUCGAACAUAUUCCCUUCGACACGAUGUGGCUCAAUGGUGCUUGGCUCCCUCCCACCAACCCAACAUCUUUCUCAAGCGUCCUCAGCUCAUCUCGAACAAUGAAGAACCCGUUGUGGGAAUCAUCUUUAUCAAAAACACAAAAGCGGCUUCUUCUACCGGUGCAGGAGUGACCUUGCGCAUUGCCGAACAAGUGGGACGACGAGUGCUCCAUCACCCUCCCAACAACAAUAAUAUUAAUCAGACUACGCUGGCACCCAUGUCAUGCGUCCGCAAUUGGACGCACGCCUUUGCCAAUCAUCGAGGACAUGCUCAUCGACAUGCCACGCGCAGUGUCUUGUGGACCAUUGUACGACAACCGGACAAACGAGAUGUUUCCGCUUUUGUCUUUUUUGAACAUGCUCGCAAAGGAGUGCCCAUGCAUCAGGACAACAAUCAAGACACGGUGCUGGCGUAUUUGCAAGCCCAGAAAAGUGGACAAUUCCGGUAUCUACACGAUCAGUAUAUCGCCGACGAAAAUCUGCAACCGGACUUUCAAAAGUGGUACCAGACAAACUCCCACAAUCUAUCCACGAUUCUGCAAGAAAUGUUGCAGCGAUACGACUUUAUUGCACUUGCCGAACGAUGGCAAGAGUCGCUCGCCGUCUUGACACUCUUGUGGAAUUUACGAGUAGAAGAUGUCAUUGUAUUGUCCUCCAAAACCAAAGGAGGCUACGAUGAUGGAAAAUUCCGAAAACAAUGUCACAAAAUUCCACAUGCAUCCUCGUUGUUGUCUUCUUCUUAUGGAGAAGUUCAAGACUAUUUGCAGUUGUCUCAUGCCACGCACAAUCUAGAUCAUGCACUCUAUGCGGCAGCCAAUGCCAGUCUCGAUCGGACCAUUCAGAGUUUGGGAUUCGAAAAGGUACAGCGACAACUUCAACGGGUGAAACAGUUGCAAGAUACAGCCGAACGAGCUUGCAAAACUGUGGCGGUUUACCCCUGUUCCUCUAUCGGCGUGUUGCAACGGGCAGCCGCUAAGCAGUCGUGUUACAUUGAUGAUAGUGGAUGUGGACAUGCCUGUGUGGAUGAAGUACUGCGCGUAGAGAAUGUUUGA